ACAAUGAUGAUGAUAAAAAUGAUGAUGAUAAAGAUGAUGAUGAUAAAGAUGAUGAUGAUAAAGAUGAUGAUGAUAGAGAAACAAAUGAAUCUGAAGGAGUCGUCCUAAACAGAACAACAUCAUCACUGGAUUCGUACCAUGACUGUGAAGAACAAUGUGUUAACUGUUUGAAAAUGUUUGCUUUGAGCGUCCUUGUGGAACAUGCCAGUGUUUGUUCAGGCCUUCAGCAGACCUCCGCGAAUUCAAAUGAUCUGGAGCAGUGUUAUUACUGUCUAAGGACAUUUCCUUUGAAUGAACUGAUAGACCAUGCACCGAAUUGUGAGCAGAGAGCACUCCAUUGCAGUCAGGAGUAUGUAACUAACAGCCAAUCAUUAGGAGAGGAUCCUUUGGAAAGGUGUAUGUACUGUUUUAAGGAUUUUCCAGUUAGUAAACUGAUUAUUCAUGCUCAGAAGUGUGAUGGAGACAUCUCAGGACCACGAGAGAGAUUCGAAGGAUUCUUACCUUCUGUACAUGACUUAAGUGCCAUCUCGUCAGUGGCCAUCUUGAACGAAACUCAAAGGGAAGCUUUAGAAUACGUCAUCAAACGCUCUACCCAGGACUCCAAGACAGUUGCUUCCGCCUUACUUGCACGAGUCAAGCGCUUGGGUUACAGUGAAAAUGACUUAAAGAGAACCCUGCAAUGGGUCCGCAGUGCAGCACCCAUUACCAUUCACAUCAAUCUAGACAGAGUGUUAAAGUUCCUGGUUGACGAUACUCAUUAUCGAAACCGCUUUGAGACUGGCACUAGUGGGGGCUCCACGGACGUAGUGGCUAGGAAGUCGUGGGAGGAUCGUAUUUUUAACAGCGCUUAUCACUACAGCAAUCCGUCAGAGCGAGUCAAGUAUGGUGUACUCAAUAUCGUUGGCGAUCCUCGUGGUGUGAGAAGCUGUUUUCCUUAUGGAGAUUCUUUUCUACAGCUCAAAAAAGUUCGUCUUCGCACCACGUUCGCUUCUAUGGACACAUCUGGUGAAGGGGUCAAACUGUCGUGUUGUGAACAUUAUGAAAACGUCCUCUUUGCAUACACAGACAUGGAGAUAACUGCGAUUAUGGAUGUAGCCACUGGAAAGGUUCCAUUUCAUCGAUCAGACUGUAUCUCACAGUACAAAGAGGUUCAAAUUCACGGACCAGUCAGCCUAUCUGAGAAUGUUGAGUGCAUUGUGGUGAACUCUCGCCACCGGAAAGACCCAAGGAUCACAAAUAUGUUGGACUGCUUUGUGAAGCAAAACAAUUGUAACCUUAUUUGGAUGGAUCCUGAUGACUCAUCCGGUCCAGCACCAUUUUCGUUUGGUGCCAUGGGCCAUUACUCGGUAACGGAGUCUUUAUCUGGUUGUCUCUCUGCUCCACCUAGAAGAUGGACUCAUGGCAAAGUCCGUAAAAGCAGCCGUAAACGAAAAUAUCCACAUUAAGGUUACUUCCCACCUUCGCGGGUAUCAUUCGAGAAAAAACUCGUACGUGCGCUAGUUUCGAGAAAACCCUAACAAGCUAUACAUCACAAGAAAGCUUCAUAAAUGCAGUUUACCAUAAAAAUAUAAUUUAGGCGUUUUUUUCAUUUAGGGAGUGUCAGGAGCCGGUAAGGUGUAAAACGACCUUCUGUUGAAUUUAUCGGGUAUCAGAUCCCGCAGCACGAGCAAAAUGGCUGUACAGUCUUCUUUAGAAGGCAUCAACCAACGAAAGUGUGUCAGGCUUUUCCGAUGUUCUGAUUGGUUGUCUAAAUAUCUGCAUUUAAAGUUGGAGCAGCGUAAAAUAUGCGAAACGUGUGGCGUAAAGGACACCAUUUGCAAAUAUUUCAAUAUCAAAAUUCUCUGACGUACUCUCGUUGGUCAUUAUCCCUGGAAUGUUUUUCGAAAUUUCACGAAACUCGGUCAAAUCUACAUACCCUAUAAGUUCGCUCAAAGGGGAUGUAUUCCUCUCAAAAUCAUAAGCGAAAUUUUAGCUCCUAAGGUUUGUAAACAGAUAGCGCCACACCAUUUAGGCAUUUUUUAGGCAUUUUUUAGGCAUCUCGCCUCCUAAAACCGCGAACCAAUACUGGAAGAGGGGACCUCCUAAUGUCAAUGACAAUGGAUCAAGAUUUUCCCGGGAAAAGUAUCGCAUAGUUGUCAAGUAUUCUUUAUCUCGCUGUGUUGAACGUUAAGUAAUGGGCAAAGUUAGUAGAGGAAAAACCUCCGGCGAAAAAGGAAACUGCCGAAAAGCAAAACAACGAAUCGACAGACAGCUUAAGGAAUAUUCAUGAUUUCAUACCAUUUGAGGCGAUUGCCUACUUGCUUAUUGAAAGGAAACCGUUUUUUACCCUAUGUACGAAAAAUGUAGAUUUGUUGGUGCCUUCUUUGUUCGUAAUUUGGAUGCCAGCAUGGAAAGGAGUGCCAGAACUGUUUUUUCCUGACAAAAUGGUGCCAUUUCUCUCAUCUUUGGGCCUGUUUUUUUCUUUAUCUUUGCCCAAUGACUCCUCUCUAAUUUAUAUUAUUUAUAUUUACGUUUUUUAUCCAUGAGGAAAAGACUUUCCUUCAGUAGAGAACUUCUAUGGUCAAGUGUGCGGUAAUAUAAAUAUGCAAAUAACAUGAAAUUGCUGCGAAUAUUCCCCUAGGGGUUCGUCCAUUUACGAGAUUAUGACAUUUUCCUAAUUUAUUAACUUUUAUUUGAAAACACAUUUUCCUAAAUAAGUCGGACGCCUUUUGAGAUUUUUAAAUUUUUCUUUUCGUAAACGCUAGGUAAAAUUUCUAACAUCAAUCUGGUGCAAUAAAAGAAAAAAACGAUUGUUUCGGCCUCUGAAGGUGGUAAGUAACCUUAAGGAAAAGACUUUGUGUGUUUGUCAUAAUCAGGAAUGGAGAUCAUGACAAGGGGCACUCUUUCAAGGAACAUGCUACCCCAUCAGAAGUACAUUUUGCACUGUUUUAGAGCAAAUUACACUUACACAUUUAAAAAUAGUUCCGCAGAGUGUACUAGUGUCUAGUGCAAGAUAAUUAUGGUAUUGCAAGUUCAUGUCAGGGCAUUAAUUAGGAUUUAGCUGGCACAGAAUAGAGGCUUGGAAGGGUCAACAUAAAUAUUUAAGCUUCAACAGUGUACCAAAGAAACACGGGUAAACGUAUUAAACUGAAAAAUUAUCUCGAGUAGAUGUUCCAUAAUCUGGAUAAGAUGUUUAUUUUGUAUAACGUCAUAGUGGUAACUACGAUCGAGUUGAAUUUAACCCACCUUUAUUUUAUGAAAGCAGCAGUAAAUAUAAUAGUUGUUAUAGAGUACCAAAAUAAUUACAAAGACUGUGUGAAUAUAAGUAGCAGCUUUCUUCCGUCUUAUGUAAUAGCAAUAUAUAUCAAAUGAAUUGAUGGCUAAAAAGAAAGGGCUGUUCAUGAAGUGACAUUUUCAACAACUUUUCUUUGGCAAGGAUGGUUCGCUAUGCAGAUGUGAUUUAAACAUAAUACCAGUUAGCUUUUAUAAAUGUUGUUAUAGCAGAAAGCACCGACUCAGCCAUUUUUUGUCAUUCUAAUUCUUUAUGAAAUGUUGUAAAGAGAAUAAAGGCACUAACAGAGACUUUCUAUGAGAUUAAAAAUCAGUAACAAA